UGAAAAUGGAACUAACAUUUCCUUCUCUUAACCCUUCCUCUCCUUUAGUCUCUCAGAGCGGCAGCUCAACAGCUGAUAUCAUUUCAAAAUUAUCACCACAGGCUCCAGCAUCGCAGCCACAGCCUGCACAUUCUGUGCAGACAUUCUCGAAUAGCAGACCAACUACGGCCUCCGUUUUCUCAUCAAUAACGUUUGAAGUGACUUCAGCAUUCUCCCAAAACCAGUCACCAUCGGACAAAUUAUCGGCUUUGCCCCAGUCAAAGUUGGCUUCUGCGAAUAACUCGCAAAAACGACAUACGCGCCCACUGGCAGAUACCUCACAAGGACCACAACUGCCCGUACAUUCUGUGAAACGCCCGAGUUCUCUACCCAUUCCCUCGUAUAUGCGUACUCCACGGCGUCCUUGCGCGCUGUCUGUCCAAAGUGCCAAUCCACUGCCCUCUUCCCCACUUUCUGCGCAGCGCGUAAAACCUUUCAUACUUCCAAAGCCGCCGGAGGAUUCAUCACAAACUCGAGCAGAACGCCUUAUCUCCGAGUCUACUGCAGGGAACCUGAAACGACAUACGCCAUUACAACCGGUUGAGUUGCACUCUCCUAAACGCCAGCGGUCUGUCACAGGAACCUGCAGCUCUACACUUCGUAGGUGUUUUUUGUUUCCGGUGCACAACGAUUCCACUGUUAUCCCUUGUGUUACAUCGAGUUCGCCCGAGGAUGGCUUCGGAAACUAUCGGCCCAACACAUUCAUCGCGAAGACUAAUAAUCUAGAACUGACCUUCCGUGCUAGAUGCGAUUCUUUAUUAUAUCCCAUUGAUUCGGAUCCAAUAUCUGGUGACAAAAUGGCAACCACUCAUGCCACUUCCCAGACCCUAGCUGCAUGGCCACCGCUGGUUGUCAGUUUUCAUGCAGAACUGGUGCUGCAGUACAGUCCUUCACCAGCACUCCUGAUCUCGCUACUGGACUGUGAGAAACAGAACGAUGUCAUAAAACCGCUCCAGGGGAACCAUCCACAAGGAUAUGGGUCCCUUGACGACCUCGACUCGAAAGAAGCGUCCUUUCAAUCGUCUGACUGGAUUCCUCCCGGCAUCACCCUCGCAAUAACACGCAAUGUACACGUUUACGUGCAUGCCACACAGCUGAGUUGCUGUGUCAAACAGUCAAGUUGGUGCUUCGCUUCCCGCGGUUUCGAUUCUCUGGGUCAAAAUGAAGUGGUGAUUACCGUUCGCCGGCGUCCAGAGGAAUUACUCCCACCGUUAUUAAUCUACCGAUAUUAUCAGUUACUAUAUCUGGCAGUGACGGAGAAUUCAGAUCUCACGUUGACUUCCGAUACAAUCACACUCGAACGUCUUUCUGACCCCGCGAGAUCACGCAUCACACAUGGUUCGUUUCUCUAUGCUCGUUUUCCAUCUGAGCAUAGCACUGUGACUGGAGAUCCUGUUCCAUCGGGUUCGAGUAACGAAUGGGCGGGUUUGCUCCUGUUCAAACCAACACAUCAAUGUCUCCGGGGCUUGCAACUUCCCAAUAGCCCGUUUCUGCUUGGGACACUUGUGCAUUCGGAUGAAAUCAUGUGGGCACGACAGGUGCCACUUCGCCUGUUACUCCGACUGGGCAAGGCAUCCCGUUCCUAUCCAACUCCAUUAGUUUGUGAUCUGAACAGAAAACCGGUGUAUGUUAGCUCAUCGGAAGCUAGCAUACUUGACCUGGUGUUGAGCAACAAUGCGCGCGUUGAUACAGCCGAUAGUCCCUCACGUGAAGUGUGUCGGUUAGAUGAACUCCGGAUUCGACUAUGCUCUCCCGAUACGUUGAAUGUACAGUCUGCUGAAACCCUAGAGAUCUUGAUACCCGUCGAGGUCGAGGGGAAACUGCGUAGAUUUAUUUCCACCCUGUCUUCAGACUGCAGUACCUUCAUCUUCCUAGGUGGUCUUGACCUUGAUUCUGAUUCCCAUCUUGUUUGCAUUCAAUCAUGUUCCUCGCUUGCUACUUGUUCGCCGGGUAGAGAAAAGCUGACGGCACUGGCAGACAGUCCUUCGCCAACACAAAAGGUUGAAUACUUCACCGAAGCCAUUUCAAUCGCUAAUGUGGCUAGGAAGAAAACUGGUGCUACGUUCGUUGUGUUCUCUGUGGCGUCACAGUUUGGAGUUCACAUUGUGGAGGAUGGUUUGCUGGUACAGUUAAAAAAAUGUCAAUUUGGUGAGCUCCUCUCAAGCUUGAAAGUGCGUCGCGAUUUUCACGUGACUCAGUCCGUCCACAAUGCUUCUGCAGGAUCUGAGUUCGCCAUACCAGGCGAAAGUACUCCAGAACUUACUUUAAAAUGGAUAAAUUCAAGCACGACUGCUUUGGCGAUGGAACCCGCUGAGUUCUUGCUUGAAAGUUGGGUCGAUCUGCAGCCUUUGAAGUCGAGCAACACCUAUGUGGUGCCAAUCGCCUACCAGCUGGUACACUACUUAGGCGUUGCGCGAUUGCAUCAGUCGACUUGGGAAACUGGUGCGGCCUUUUCUAACGGGAUCGAUGAAACACCUCGAAUCGUCUGGUCCUGGGUUAACAUUUGUGCUGAUCAAGAACUCGCUAGUGUAACUGACCAGAGGUCCAAAGAAUCACUUGGCUUUGGGCGUUUGGCGGACGAGGCUCUGUAUCCAUACGCCGGAGAAUUGCGUACUCAAAACCUCACGCGAAUUGGUCUGAGAGUUCGGUUGCAAUCACCCGACCAAGUUGGAUUUGAGAUUACAAAUGCUGACAUUUGA